UGGCGCUGUGGAGCUUGGCUUUGCUUUAGCAGCACACAAGGAAAGAAGAGGACCUGGAGGAAGUGCGCACCGACCACAUCAGCGUGGUUUCAUUCAAAUCGCGCAUUACUUCACAUUAACUGAAGCUGCUUACUCUUUACGAUGACGCACACAGAGGUAAAGCAACACCCGUCCCUCUAUCUUGAAGUCUGUUGCCAAAAUGAGAAGCCACGUCUUCCGCUGCACACCUCCAUCGCCUUGUUUCUCCUGUCGUACUGUGAUUGCAAGUCUUUCAGAGUUUUUCUGGUUUUCACCAACCCUGCCACCUCCCAGUCAUUGAAGAGUCAGAUACCAGAGUCUCUGGAUGUGUCUGACAUUCAGUUGAAGGAUCUGCCCCAUUUGGUUAGAGGCUGCCGUCUCCCCGCUGUUCUGGAUGAGACUGGGAUGCUCUGCAGGGCCGGGCUGGCGGUGGUCCUUAGACACAUCAUCAACAAGACCUUAGAGGCAGACCCCUCGAGGAAUGAUGUGUUGGCUCUGCUGGGAUUCAAGAAGACCUGUCUAAAGGCCUGCGCUGAGGUGAGUAAGUGGACCAGACUUUGUGAAAUUGGCAUCCCCUCUGCCGUUGAAGAGCACCUCAAAAAUUCUGCAAAUCAAUAUCAGCAGCAGCUGCCUCUCUCCAUCCUCACCCUGGAGCGAAGGCUAGCGGAGCCUGUCAAAGUCCACAAUGACGAUAAAAUACGGAGACAGAAACUCCAAGAGCAGAGACGGAAUGAAAAGAAGUCCUCCCCUGCAGGCCAAGGGAACCCAGACUCUGAGUCCGAACCCGGGCAGUCAGCUCAGGUCUCUGAGGGACUCGAGCUUAGGACUGCUCUGGCCAAACUGUCUGUGGAUUCAGUUCCAACUUCGACCACCAGAGAGAACUCUGAGAUCAGGAAAGUGAAGACUACAGAUCUGCCUCCGCUGGAGCAUGUGUUUGCUGAAGGACUGUACUUCACUCUGACUGAUGUGGUGCUGCUGCCAUGCAUCUAUCAGUACUUGUGUUCCCUCCAGGCCCACGCUGCGAAAGCUCUACAUCAACUCCCUCACCUGCUGCGCUGGUACAGCCGUGUUCAAGAGGUACCCGGGGUCCUUAAGGCAGCAGAGGCCUGCGGGAUGUCUCUUUCCGUCCCCCAAGUUCCCACGUCUAGCCUCCAAGUAUCGUCAGCAGAAGAUGAGCCAACUAGCCUAUUGGAGGAGGAAGAAGGCCAGGAGAUGACCACGGAGCCUCCCUUUGUCGGUGGCCCGAGACCCACAAUGACUAAACUUAAAGAAAAUGGCAUCGAAGCAGUGUUCACUCCUCAUCCUUGCCCCGACUGGACCCUCCCAUGGGACAGCUUACCAGGAGCCAUCAACCCUACUGAAGGGAAAAUGUCAAACAUCCGUGCAGUCAGGAAGAGGCAACAGCUGAAUAACUUGGUUGCUACGGUUACAGAGCUGGCCAGGCCAGGAUACACCGUUGUGGAUUUCUGCAGUGGAACGGGCCAUGUUGGAAUCGUUCUGGCUCACACACUUCCAGAUUGCCAGGUCAUCCUCAUAGAGAACAAAGAAGAGUCUUUGGUCAGGGCCCAGAGUCGGAGUGCCGAGCUCGGUCUGAAAAACAUUGGUUUCAUUCAGGCUAAUUUGGACUACUUCACUGGACCUUUUCACAUCGGGGUCGCCCUCCACGCGUGUGGCGUCGCAACGGACAUGGUGAUGGAACAUUGCAUCCAGGCAGGAGCCGCCUUCGUUAUCAGCCCUUGUUGCUACGGCUUCAUCCAGAACGCAAUCAAGUUCACCUUCCCCAAGAGCAAAAGGUUCCAAGAGACUCUGGCUUAUAAGGAACACAUGAUCCUCUGUCGCUUCGCAGACCAAACAGCUGUCCAGCUCCCUCCUGAGAGGAGACUCAUAGGUAAACAGUGCAUGGGCCUGGUAGACUUGGACCGCUCGUGGGCAGCAGAGACUCAUGGGUACUCAGUGCAGGUGAUGACUAUGGAGCCUGAAAGCUGUUCACCAAAGAACAACAUGCUGGUGGGAAGACCGGUGCAAAAAAAUGGACUGGGAGUCGAUGCUAGCCAACUGGAAGCACCGGUGCAUAAUUAGGACUGCGAGCGCCGCUGUAUGCAGCAGAGCAUCUUCAGUGUGGUCAGGGCUUGAUAAAGCACCUGCCUCUGUGACUAUUGGCUGUGUCAUGAUGGUGCUGAGAAAAAAAACUGUUUUUUAUCCAACUCCCAACAUUUUCUUUUCAUCCACGUUUUGUAAGAAAUGGAAAAUAAAACAGAUGUUUGCAACAGUCAUCUGAAAUCUCUUUCUGAGCUGACGGUAACAGUGUCUGGUGUGCUAACUGGUGAAAAGCGUUUUUCAAGAACCACUCCUGUCCUCAGUUAUCAAACCUUUAGCUGCAGUGCCAACUACUCAGUUACAUUUGUGUCUUUGCCUGAACUGUGUGAUCAAGCUGUCCGUGUAAACAGAAGCAGCGGGAAUUACACACCCACAUUGCGAAGACGCCAUACUUCCACAUACUGUUUUUGCAAAUUUCGUAUACAGCCUUCGGUGAUAGUCGGCUCUCUCUGUUGCCAGGUAAUAACUGAAGAAGGAGAAAUUCAGUGCUAAAAACUCAUCUGCACUUAAAGAUGAGAUGGAGAUUUACUAUUAUCUACCUCUCCUCUGUGUGUGUUUGUUAGACUGAGAGGUAAAGAGGAGGAGGAGGGGGGUAUUAAAAGAGAGAAACUGAAUUUAAACUCAUAUCACAUCAGUUAAAAUAUGGCAUCUGUCAUGGUUCUACGGCCAAACUGAUUAUUCCCCAUAAAGAAUGAAUGUGAAAUAUGCUAUGCAUCUCGUAAUACGUUCAGCAGCAAUGAAUAUUUUAUGACGCUGGUGAAAAGGUCAGUGUGCUUGAUUAGAUGCGCGCUGUUCAGAGCCCGGUAGCUCAACAUAUUUCCAAUCUUUUAUACUUGAGACACCAGAGCCCCCUUAAGCUUUCAUUCUCCCAGGUGAAACCAGUUAUCUGUUUUCUCCCAAAAAAAAUCCCCUGUUGUCACUUUUUGACAGUGUGUAGCAGCUACUUGAGAAAUCUGGGGAUGUGGCCGGAGAGCCUUUUUUUUUCAGCUUGCACUGAGAGCGCUGUUUCCAGCAUCAGGCUUAUCUGAAUUCAGUCAGCGGAGUCAAUCUAUCCUGAGGUGAAUGGCCACAGACCCAGCUCCUUCGAGGAGGAGCUGUGGAGAAUUGUUUCAAAAGGAGAUGUUCAUGCUUGGCUCUGCGGAAGUGCACAUUGCAGAAAUGCAUAUAUGCACAACAGAGUAGAGCGAGCGAGCGAGAGAGAGAGUAGGUGGCACUACUUACCGCUUGCAUGAGACAGAGAGCAGCAAUUCUGAAGUGGGAAGUGGGUUGAUUCAACCCAAACAGUCAGGGCUGAAGGUGACUAGACAAGAUGCUUUGUUUAAACAAAAUAGGGGUGAAAUGUGAGGUUCUUUCUAUGUAAAUGCUCAGCGUUUCUUUACGAAUGAUUAACCUCACGAAGCCUUUCUAUAGGCAGCUUCAGAGUCAGUGAUGCAUUGAGCUGAAUGCAUUUUUUUUAUUAUGUAAUUAACAGAAUCAGGGUUAUUGCUGCGUAGGUUUUCACACACAAGAGAUUUGCAAUGGUUUUGUGGUGCAUAACAUACAUAAUAUACAAAGUGAGAACAAAAAAUGAUUCACCUCAAUAAAAAAAAAAAAAGUUGAACUUGAAAGAAAUUAUUUUCCGGAGCUAAAGGAACUCUGCGUGCCUUGUAAAUGUUAUUUAAUCAGCGACUAGUCUUUGUAUAUCCCAUAAUAAUCAGUAUUAAAACAAUCAUGUGAACACGUUUAUGUAUCUUAAACUUAGUGGACACCAUCUGUGCGGCUCUGAACAGAACAAUUUGUUGCAGCACAAUACCUCUAUCAAGGAAAUAAUGGUGCUUUCAUUGUUUUAUGAACUUCAGUUAUUACUCGUAAUUAAAAUUCAGCUCAUCUUGGUGUUUUCCACUUCAUUACGCCCGUAGUGUUUAUGACCGUUAGCCUGCAACAGUUCAUUGCUUCAUAUUUGGGGUCUCUCACUGUUAGUAUGAAUCUCCCCAGUGACCUUAUUUAUGUUUUCUCUGUCCCUAUAAUGGGCACUGAUGAGAUGAAUAGAAGGGGCCUCUGCUGCCCUUUGAAUAUUCACCAUGCUUCUGUAUUGACCAUUUAAAGUACAUCACCGCCAAUGCCAUGCUUUUCAUUUCACUUCUGUUUUCUGACAAACAACCUUGAGCAUAGAAGUUUGGAAUAACAUACUUUUUUUUUUUUUUUGGUUCACACUCUUUGGUUGCCUACAGCAUGCUCCAGCUGUUGUUUUGCACUCCCUAAUCAUGUUGUUUUCUAUUUCCCCGACGCUUCUCAUCUUGCUUGUUGUCACCUCCCUCAGUUUUAGGAUCCCCCUGCUUAUUUUCUAUUUUUGUGUUUAGUUUUGACUUUUGGCUGCUUUAUUGUCUCUUCAUAACAUAAUGACUCAUUUCUCCCAUGGGGUUCAUUAAAGGAGUCUGUGAUGUGGAGUUCACCCAAAUCCCUGAAAUACAGAAACUUGUAUUUAUUUAUUUUUAUUUUGCCCUGACAUGUUGAUCUUAAGUUUUUUUUUUCUUUCAAUACUUGUAGCACCACAAAGAACAUUUGGUUAUGCUUUAUUUUACUGGUCUUUUAUUACUUUAUUAUUUCUGUACAGUGACUUAAUGGCGACAGUCUUUGUAGAUCUGUAGAACUGCUUAUUAAAUUCAACUAAAUCCUAACUAAAAAUGAGAUGGGCCUCUUCAAACUUCAGGAGAAAAA